GAAUAUUUCUCACGAUCUCGUGACUUAACCUUUCAGGAUGCAGAUGAACUCUACGGUCAGCCAAAGGGCUCCAAUUAGUCCCAGCUGCAUUUGUGGCCAUCGAUGCAUACCAUCGACUAUAGUUCAGCCAAGACGUAGCAUUCUUAAGACAUGCACGCUGCGCAGCACAAACCAUUUUGGAUCUCAACCCAUUCUUCUCCGAAGCAGACCUUGCCAAAGGACUGCCGCACGCUCCACUGCAGGAGCUGUUGUGAAGGCAGAGAUCUCCUAUAUCAUGGUGAAGCCAGAUGGCGUUCAGAGGGGGCUUGUAGGAGAGAUCAUCGGUAGGUUCGAGAAGAAAGGCUUCACUUUGCGCGCCCUGAAGCUCUUCACACCCAGCAGGGAGCUGGCAGAGGAGCACUACAAGGACCUUAGCGCAAAGCCCUUCUUCAAGGAUCUCGUUGACUACAUCACCUCUGGCCCAGUCGUUGCAAUGGUUUGGGAAGGCAAUGGGGUCGUGGCGUCGGCAAGGAAGCUCAUCGGUGCAACCAACCCGCUCAACGCAGAGCCCGGCACCAUUCGCGGUGACCUGGCUAUUCAGACUGGGAGGAAUGUGGUGCAUGGCAGCGACAGCCCAGAGAAUGGCGAGCGCGAGACUGGGCUGUGGUUUGGCGAAGGUGCUCUGGUGGACUGGGAGCCCUCACUGAAGCCGUGGCUGACAGAGUAGAAAUAACACUCUGAUUGGAAAACACGUCCACGCACUGUGGGUCCAGCAAAGAAUUACCAUAUACAAAUAAACUGCCUUUUUGAGUUGGAGCGGACAUCAUCUACAGUAAGCAAGAUUGGGGCGCUAGAAGUAGACGAUCGGAAACGACUGUUAGUAGCUUCACAUGUGAUUUGCUCUUUGUGAAUACACUUGAGGU